AGCCUGGUAAGGACGCAGUUACUACUGACAUCAGUGCGAAGCUGAUGUUAAAGUCCUUCUGGGUUCCUGCACCAUGGCACUCGGGGAUGGGACUCGGCUCUCAGUGCAAAGAGGCAGCUGAACUCUGUGUUAGUAAUUUUACUUGAAGAUGGCAGGGCAGUUGUUACACUUCUCCAGAUAUGGCAUAUCAGCACACCAAGUUACAAUAAUACACCCGUGAAACUCACAAUAAGAAGCUAAAAUACGGAGUUUGGGAUUUGCUAAGCAAGACUCUCCUUUUUGAGCAACACAAUGGAUCAAAAUCCACAAGAGAUUAUGCAUUCUCUCUUCUCUCUUGAUCCAAGUAUGGAGAACAGAGGCCAUCUAUACCCAUAUAACUAUCCAUAUGGACAGUACCCUUAUCCAUAUCACUACCCUUACUCAGCAGCCCAUCCUUCCGUAGCUCACUCAAAUAUACCACCUGCAUCUCACAGUAUUCCCCCUCCAUCUUCCCAUCCCAUAAACCAGGCUUCACAGAGCCUGUCAGCAUCUCAGGCCAACCUUCCAGCAUACAGUACAGGAGUCCAUAGCAUCCGUCCACCCAUGACCAACAUGCGGGAACAGCCUGGAGAUGGCAGGUUACAUCUAUUGCCUGAGAUAGAUAGGCCAGCACAUGACACUCAGCAGACUGCACAAGAUCUGCGAAGUAUGCACAGUGAUUCUAGGUCAUCUGUAGACUCAAGGCAUCAUCCUGCUGACAUGAGAUCAUCAUCUAGUGAGCACCGCUAUCUAGAUGAGGUGAGGACACUCUCUGCCCAGCCUAGAAAUUCUAGCAGUGAUUCCAGGCACUUGGCUGAUUAUUCACCACAGCCAACAGAUUUGCGAACUCAGCCUAUUGAUGCCAGGUUAUUUGGUGAUAUGAGACAAGUUCCAGAUCAAAGACAUAUUAAUGAGUCUCGGCCAUUAACUGACCAGAGAACACAAAGGUCAGAGAGCAGUGUCACAGAUGACCCUAGGGUGCAUAUGGGUAGAUCUACUGAUGAGUACAAGUAUGGAGGAAAUUUAGGCAGUUAUAGUAAUCAUCCGCUUAACACUCCUCAACACAUUGAAGAACCUCCAUUGUCAGGUGAUCCAAGACCACCAAUCAAUGACAAUAGACCAGUUGAAGAAAGUAGGAGUUUGUAUGUCCCCAUGAGAACAUGUACAAAUGAGGAAAGGUUAACAAAUCAUCCAGAAUCACAAAAGUCUUCUGUUUCACAUGAUUAUUAUAGUAGCAGACCUCAUGUUGGUCACAGUAACCCUUCAGCAAAUGGGGAAGAUUUCACAUCCACACCCACAGGUCAAGAAGGUGUCCAGAAACCACAUAUAGGGAGUGAAUAUAUGCCUGACAUUAGACAGUGUACAAAUGAACAGAAAACACAGUUGAAUAAUCCAGCAAUAACUUCAGAAGAAGUUAAUGAGAGAAAUAUGAAGUAUCCCACAAUUAGUAGUCCAAAUACUUCACUUGGCUUGCUCUCUCAUGCUCUUGGCCAACAUCUUGGUGAAGAAGCCAAUAAAUGCGGGACAAAAACUGAUGACUGCAAUAGUGAAGACAAAAAUUUUUAUGCAGUGAAAGACAGAGACUACAAUAGUGAAAGAAGGAAUGGCCAAGAUGAUUUUAUGUAG